CCGACAGACACCUGAAAAUCACACACAUACAGUGAAAAUGGUCUCACAUACUGUAUGCCCGUACAAAACGCGCUGACGUGAAACGCGCAAGAGCGCCUUCGACGCGCAAAAUCGACAGAAUACUCCCUCCCCUCCGUCUUCAGAGUCGAUAACCUGCUCCCUCCUCUAAUGAAGCAUCACGGAUUACCCACUGGCUGAGGGGGUAAGAGAGGAAGCCGGCCGGCGUCUGUGGAGCCGAGACAGCGACGCGAAACGAGAGACCCGAGCGAGAUCCUGAGAAGCCGCCGCGGCCGGCCCCUGGUGAGCUGAAGGCGGCGAGCCGGCCGAGACAAUGACCGCAAGACCCGGCUUCUACAGGCAGGAGCUCAACAAGACCGUAUGGGAAGUCCCAGAGCGGUACCAGAACCUCACGCCCGUGGGCUCGGGGGCCUACGGUUCGGUAUGCUCUCAGUAUAUCCACUCAGCCGGCCUUAUUCACAGGGACCUGAAGCCCAGCAAUGUGGCUGUGAACGAAGACUGCGAGCUGAGGAUCCUGGACUUUGGCCUGGCCAGGCAGACAGACGAUGAAAUGACCGGGUACGUGGCGACUCGCUGGUACAGGGCGCCAGAGAUCAUGCUAAACUGGAUGCACUACAACCAGACGGUGGAUAUCUGGUCAGUGGGCUGCAUCAUGGGAGAGCUCAUCAAGGGGAAGGUGCUGUUUCCUGGCAACGACUGUAUCCUGUCCACAGAGCGCCAGCCACUUCCUGUCGGCACAGGGGUGCGGCUCAGACCGAGCUUGAGGUGGAGCGAGUUUUACUCUGGAGCAAACGCCCCGUGUCUGUGCGCUGCUGAGUGUCACGUUCCCCCGCAGGCGCAGAAGUAUAUCCAGUCUUUGCCCUACAUGCCCCAGCAAGACCUGGAGAAGAUAUUCCGCGGAGCAAACCCACUGGGUGAGAGAGGCUGGGGGAUUCAAAUACAGAUUCGGAGACAUGUCCCCCUCUUUCUCGCUCUUCCCUGCACAGAGUUAGUGUUUGAGGAGAUGAACAGCUUCAAGCCACCCAGCAGUAAGAUGGACAGCCUGCAGGUGGAGCAGUGAGACCCCCCACCCCACCCUGUCUGUUCGUCCGUCUGUCCCUGAGGAAUUCACCCCGUCUGCCUAUCAGCCUGCAGUCAUAUGGACGAGACUGGCGAUGUCCAGAGAAGACCCUGCUCCCUCCCUGUCAGUCUGUCUGUCCUUCUCUGAGAAUGGCCACCCCGUCCACCACCUCUCUCUCUGCUGCGCUGUCUAUCUGUCUGUGUGGAUGAAGACUAAGACGUACCGCAGUGGUAUAAAUUGUCGCUCCCAGAUAGCUUGAGGUGACACUGGGCAUGUUCACAUUAUCAGCAUCGUAUCGUAGAGUAUACAUUGCCAUGGAGCUGCAUUUCAGAAGACUGUAUUUAAGCUGCGGUCUCUGUUCACCAUGAGCAAGCUCUUUGCUGCUUCACAAACACAUUAUUAGACAUGCUUACAAGCCAAGGAUGUGCGAGUUUUUCUCCUGCAUCCCCCCCGGGGUUCACUUCUGCUUCUGCCCAGCAGGGGUCACUCUAACCAGCCAUUCCUCCCUGCCAGACAGUUCACACAAUGGAUGGCAGAUAGGGGGCGCCCCUUCCCCUUCCCACAUGCUCACCCCUGUUCCAUUUCUCGUCUCAGAGCAACAGCCCACCAGGUGGGCAGAGGAGCAUUCUUGUGUCUUAGCAGAUUUUGGACUGGAGGUGUCAGGUUAUUUGCUGUAGCAGAGGAAGGGGGGUCACAAUGAUCAGUGGGAAUGUGGAUGGGGGUAACUGGAGUUUACAUCCAGUCUGUGUCCCGCUGUGAGUAUAGCCUGUACCCCUGGGGUCUCCUCUGUGUCCCUAUCCCUCCAUCUCUCCCUUCCUCUGUCCCUCUCUUUCUCCCUCUGGCCUACUCUGUCUGCAUGUGUUUUAUAAGCAGUAACUGAUGUUAAACAUUCCCACUUCCUGUAUGUCAAACCUCUUACCCAGAGUCGUGAGUGGAGCCUGUCCACAUGUCCUUGACUCUUACCACUCCACAAUAAAGUGUUCAUCAUUUAGUACUGCUCUGACUGUGUUGUUACAACCCACAGAGUAGGGAGGAGGGGGAUAUUCUGGUAGCUCAUUGCAGCAUCACAGUGUAAUCGCGGGUGAAGAAGACAGUAAUGGACGUGCUUAAAAAACUUCUAGAAAUCUGUAAAUUCUUCUUAGCCCUCAGCAGGACAAUGUGGAGCUGUCAAAGUUUGACAUCCGAGGAAGGCUCCACAGCCAAAACAUUGUUUCUUUUCUUCUCUUCCCAGUAUGGAAUAAACCUUUACUUGUUCCUUUACAUUAAACUAGCGUUCGUAUUUCGUCACAUGCAGUACUUCUUACAAGCAAUGGCUGCUUCAGGUCUGCAACCCAUCGACGUCGUCAGGCUCCCGAUACGUUCCUUUGAGACGCUUUGCCAUUUUUAGUUGUUGCUCGUCUGUGUGGCUUUCUCACUUUGUGACGUGUUGAGGUUUCCUCUUCAACAAGUGAAAUGCAGCUCAACAGGAUUCAGAUCAGGAGCCCCGGCCAAGUCAAGAGUUUCCACUCCUCCCUGCUGAUCUCCGUGGUCAAGAGCGUGCUGCGUCUGGAGUCCUUGUAGUCAUGUGCAGGGUGAACAGUCGUCCAAUGAGAUCAGAAGCAGUUUUUGGACGUGGGCAGAUGAGAUGUUUCUGUAGACUUCAGAACUGAUUCCGAUUCAGCGAGCCAGCCCUGGAGUCCUGCCCGAGCCGUGACACCACCACCACCAUCAUGCUUCAAAGUGAGGUGAUGUGCUGAGGAACUCACAGUUCCUCUCUUGCUCCACACUUUGAUACAGGUUUAUCUUCAUCUCGUCUGUCCAUAAAACUCUAGUUCCAGUACUGUUGUGGCUCAUCUUUCUACUUCUUUGCGAAUUCUGGUCUGGCCUCGCUGUUUUUAGCGGCAAUGAGAGGUUUGCUUCUGGCAGUGUAGCGCGCAGUGAAUUAAGAUGCCUGCAUCCCCGCUCUCUAGAGAUUGACUUAUGGGGUUUUACUUUAUAGCCCUAAGGUUUCUUCUUCCUUGGAUGACCUGGUCUCCGCUGAUUGCUUACUCCUCUAGGAGUAAUUCAAGACAUUUCAUACUGUUGAUUUCGCAAUGCCCGCUCUCUUUAGAAUGCUUGCCACAUGUGUCGUGGGUUAGUGUUGGUGUUGUAGUGGUGUUCUAUCUGGGAUUUGUACUGUUUCUUGGCAGAUUUUAUGCCAGCUCUUAAUUUUUUCCUAGCCCCUCUCAGUUCUUCCUCAUUGCCAGAUUUGAAGGCUGCAUCACGGGCUUUGAGCAGGGAGCGGAUCUCAGUGUUCAUCCAAGGUUUUUGAUUCAGGAGUUUGCGUAUCUUUUUAACGCUCACCACAUCAUCAGCACAUUUGCUGAUGUAGCUAGUGACUGCUGAUGCAUACAUGUCAAUAUCGGUGUGGGAUCCAUGGGAGGCUGCAUCUUUGAACACACUCCAGUCUGUGCACUCGAAACAGUCCUGAAGCAUUGAUUCUGCCUCUUUGGUCCAUGUUGUUAGUUAUACUGUAACUGGAGCCUUGGUGCGUUUGUAGGCUGGGAGUAGGAACAGGGAGAUGUGGUCAGAUUGUCCAAGAGGGGGGUGAGGUACUGCUUUGUAAGCACCGGGUACAUUAUAAACAUUAUAUACAGUAUAAACAAGGUCAAGUGUGUUGUUUCCCCUGGUGGGGCAGUCAACGUGUUGGUUGUAGUUGGAAUUUUCUGAUCUCAUCUUCACUGUUGCUUGAGGUGACAACUCCCCGGUCUUCAUCUUGGUUUAACUCAAGGGGCAGGUCCAAAAAGUAAACCCGGAAGACUGGAACCAAGGAUAUACAUUGACAGCUCCACUGCGUUUUAACAAGUAGAACGGAAACAUCCAUCAGGCAUUUGUCCCAGUACUUACACUUGUCUGAGAUGGGGAGUUUUAACAUAAUAAAUGCCAUUGUUCCAACAUGGCUAAACCUGUAUGCUAAAUAAUACUCUGAAACAAAAUUGAAAACUCUAUACUUUUGCCUCAUAUUAACCUCUUGAUCUGAAAAUCAAAUUGCCAUUAGCAUACAUUUCAUUUGACUGUGCCAAUAAUCAUGUUUUCACUGCAGGUCCAAGCCUGGCGGUGAAAUUGUAAGAUCUGAGACAAAGUAUAGUGUUCAGUCCACCAUCAAAAAGGAUAUUAUAGCCUUAGAAAGAGUUGGCAACAAGAGGAGCAACAAUAAUGUGUCCUUGUGUCACGGUAUGGCUGUAUAUGGCAAGAUUAAAGGAGCUGCAGUUAAUCUCUUCAAUCCAGAACAGAUCUAAACCAAGUAUACAAGAUCCUAAGGGGUACAGAGUCCAGGGUACUGUUUCACACUCAAUAGCGCAACAGGGAACAAGGAUUAGUCAGGAUUCUAAAAGGGAAUUAAUAUAGGACAGAGAGGAGGAAACACUUCUUCACACACAGAGUUGUGAACAGUCAGGUGAAUCAGGCCCAACCGCUGGGCUCCCCCAAAAAACAGCUGGCAUUCGUUAUAGAUUCACUUAACCACCGAACUACCACAUGACCAAGAUGGGCCGAGUGCCCUCCACCUCUCGCUUGCUGUCUUUUCCUGGUGUGGAUCCCAGGCGUUUUCAGACAUUUCAGCCUUGUGCAACACUGUUGUAAAAAGUUGUGACUGAGGGUUAUCAAUACAGUACAUCCUUGGUAUGAUGAGCUUCGCUUUAAAGGACCGAAACAGUCUGUAAAAUCAGAACUACUGGACUUUCCCCGUAAUGACGAUGAAAUGCACAAAUAGUUAAAUAUUACAUGGGUUCGAGAUUCAGGAAUAGCAAUGGUGCCCUAUAGGGGUAGGUCCACUGCUUAUAAUGGGUUUGUGUUUUGUAUGUUUUAGCAAAUUUGAUGCAGUAUGUUUAUGACACAUGAAAUAAAGAGUUUGUGUAUUCAUAAGA